AUGGUCGAACAAACGUUUGUCGGCGACAAGCUUGUCGAACAACUCCCCACCGAGGCGACACAGAAGAUCCCCGACGAGCAGCUUGACAAGAUGGAGGUUCGCCGCGACCCCAAGGAGGAACCAGGUGCAAACAAGCGCGCUGGUAUUGCCAUACGUGACCCAGGAGGUGAGCUUCUUUGCGUGAUUCGCUUAUUCCAAAUGACUCUGCUGAUACAUGCCUCAGCGGUCGAUACCAAAGACUUUGGUGGUAGCAGUACGAACACUCAGCCCCAGUAUGGUAAGCAACGUGUGACGCAGUGUACAAGUGUUCAAGCUGACAUUAUAACGACUCAGAUCCUGUGA